GAUUUUUUAUCAAACGUUGAAAACUUAAGGAAAAAUUGAGAAACCCGCAGCACCCUGAAACACUCGUCCCUGACAACGUUCCACAAUUGAUGGUGGGGAUAAAGAGGGGCUGGCUUGUACCGGCGGCGCCUGCAGUGACCGGCUGGUGUCUGUGAGCACCCGGGUGUCAAAAACGUGAAUACGGAAACUCUCGGUGGCACGCGACGUGUAUCUUGAGAUCCUUGCUCGACUCUUCUCUCUCGAGCUGUCUGUCUCUAGUAAGCUCAAGGGACAGGUCAGUGUUGUGGUGUGACAGCGAUCGACUGGCUACGAUACUGCUGCACGGGCAACCCUUGCGCUCUUUUUCUCCAAGGCUCACGCGGUUUUCCAUGUCAACGACACGCGCGCUCCUGCCAAGGCCAGCGUGCUACGCCCCGCACAGAGUAGCCUCUGUUGUCUUCGUCGUCGUCUUCGUCGUCGUCAUCGUUGCUAUUACUACUGCUGCUGCUGCUGCUGCUGCUACCGCCGCCGCCGCCGCCGCUGCUGUCGCCGCCGCCGUCGUCAAUCGACAGCUCCACGUAAUCGCGUCCACCGUUGACUGUCUGCCGCUGUCUGCUGCGCUGCGUCGGUGGUCAGACCGACUGCCUUCAUCGUUGUGGUCAUCAUCCCGGUGGUGGUUAGUUUGGGAAAAGGUCGGCGAACUAGCGAGUAUCUGUACGCUUAUUACCAGGGUGAAGAGAAGGAGACACUGCAGCGUCGCUCACGCAGGCCUGAGAUGAGCGACCAUGGCUGCAUACACUUGAAUAAUUUCAAAGCAGCCAAGGGUAUCCAGCCGUACAAAGUGAUACACUCCUAUUUUGUGACCAGCACGUCCACCGAGGCACGCGUAAGAAAGGCCGUUAGUUGUUUAUGUCACACAUGUAAGACUUAUAAAGACCGCCUACAUUCUUGUCUUCAUUGUAUAUUCUUUGGCUGCUAUGUAAAAGGUCAUAUACAAGAACAUGCAAAGACAAAAAAACAUUUUUUAGCUGUUGAUCUUUGUUAUGGAAAUAUUUUGUGCUUCCAAUGUGGAGAUUAUGUAUAUGAUAGGGAGCUAUUAGCAGUUGCUAAAACACAGUGGAGCGAAUCUGCAAAAUCAUUGAGCUUUGGAGAGUUUUAUCGAUCAUGGGAACCAACGCAGAUAGAAGCAGAAUUAUUGAGAAAACAUCCACGCAGAAGGCGUGUGGUCGAGAAUUCUACGAUAGGUUUAAGAGGACUUAUAAAUCUUGGAAGUACAUGUUUUAUGAACUGCAUAGUGCAGGCACUCAUACACACUCCACUGUUAAGAGAUUAUUUUCUUGCUGACCGUCAUCACUGCCCACAGCCGACACGCUGCCUGGUCUGUGAAGUAUCCCAUCUUUUUCAGGAAUUUUACUCGGGUAGCAAAGCACCGCUGACGCUUCAUAAGCUUCUCCAUUUGAUCUGGACACAUGCUAGACAUUUAGCAGGUUACGAACAGCAGGAUGCCCAUGAGUUCUUUAUAGCUACACUAGAUGUUUUACAUAAGCAUUGUGAAGCAGCACCCAUCUUAGUAAAAGAUAAUCCACAUCACUGUAACUGUAUCAUUGAUCAAAUCUUUACCGGUGGACUUCAAAGUGACGUGGUUUGUCAGGCAUGCAACGGAGUGUCUACUACAAUAGAUCCGUUCUGGGAUAUAUCUUUGGAUUUGGGUCCAGGGGCUAGUGCAUCAGGUUCCGAUAGUUCUGGUCCUCCUACCUCGUUAUUAGAUUGUUUGGAAAGAUUCACGCGUGCCGAACAUUUGGGAUCUAGCGCAAAAAUAAAGUGCAGCAAUUGUCAGACGUAUCAAGAGAGUACCAAGCAAUUAACUAUGAGACAACUCCCUAUCGUGGCCAGCUUUCACUUAAAAAGAUUCGAGCACUCUAGUAUACAGCAUAAAAAAAUUUGUACGUUUAUCUCGUUCCCAGAACAAUUAGACAUGACUCCAUUUAUGUCGCAUAGACGGAACGGCAAUAAUAACAGUGCAAUGAUAGAUGGACUGCCAAAGAAUGGAGAAGACAUGGCGUUUAGCGACAAUAGAUAUUCUCUAUUCGCGGUAAUAAAUCAUGAAGGAUCUUUGGAGACUGGACACUACACUGCCUUCAUACGGCAGCAGAGAGAUCAAUGGUUUAAAUGUGACGAUCAUUUGAUUACAAGAGCGAGGUUAAAAGACGUCUUGACUAGCGAAGGGUAUCUCCUUUUUUAUCAUAAACAAAUUUUGGAGUAUGGUCGAAACACGAAGGUGUAAAAUUUUAGAUUAUGUAACUAAUUUAUUUAUCAUGAUGAAUUACGAGAGAUAGAUUUAAGUUUCUUUUAGCAUUUUAAGAAAAAGAAACUUGUUCCUUCUGGAAACUAUUUCGAGUCUUUAAUCCAGCUCGUAUGAAUUUGCCUGUCAAAUUAUGCGACGGGAGACGAGUAAUAAAUCGAAGGCCUCAAAAAUGAAAUUUCAAACUUUUAUUCGAAGUGAUUGAUAGAAAGUGAUUAUGGACGGAGAUAUUUUCAAUGAAAUUAAAAAAAAAGAGGAAGAAAAUUUUGACAAAUGGCUAUACUAUUAUGCUUUGAUCAUGCGAUUAGAAAGAAAGAAUAAACUAGAGUCAGAUCAAGAUUGAACGGACGUUUAUUAGCAUAAAUAUGUUUGUCAUGAUAUUAAUCUUUAAUUAACUUUCAGAAAUGUAUGUAAAAGAAUUAUGUUCGUUCUAUUAUUUACUAUUUUUUCUUUCUAUCGUUGUGUUAAUUAUAUUUGACGAAAUCUAGGCUGGUGCAUACGGUUUCUCUAUUCGUAAACGAUUUCUGUAUUCGUGUCCUAAAGUAACAUAAGUGUAAUUUUAAGAUUAGCUCAAUUUUUUUAAAUGACCGAUCGCAUUUUUGUAUAUCGCUGACUGUUAUUAUAUUCCUGCCCUGACACUUGUAUACAUGAAAUCACCAAGGAUGGAUCACACGAUUCGAAAGUAUUGUAAUUAAUAAGUUUGAUUUUUAAGUAUGAUCAAAUUAAGAAAGCAUUUUAUUUACACGAUCCAUCGUGUAAGUCAUCCUUUGGUAAUUCAAUUUUGUACAAACGAAAUAAUACAUAUAGCAGAAAAAAAGAGGGAUAUGAUAUUAUUCAUAUACAAGAUGAAUUAUUUCGCUCGACUGUGUAUAAUAAAAGAAGAAUCACUGUUUGACAAAUUUCUUUCUGGUGUUGCCCGGUUUUUCCUCAGAAAAAGAAAAAAACUAAAAAAAAAGAACUAUAGAAUGAUUCAAAACUUAAAAAAAAUUUCGAACGAAAGAAAGAUAUUAAAAAGAUUCGUGCGUAGUGCUUUCAAUGAUAUGUUAAUUUUCUGUACGGCAGCCCCUGCAAAAAGUGCCAAGUGUUCAUUGCACUUGUAGUUUGUAAUUCUGUGUGCUUAUAGUUGUAGCAAUUCCCUACUUUGUGAUGGAUUUCUAUUAUUGUGUUCAUUGGUGAAAAAGUGUUUCGUAAUAUUUCCACAAACACACGUAACUAGAGUAAUCAUUAAUGACAAAAAUAAUAUCUAAGAGACAAGAUCGUAAACAGAUACUUGUAUCGUGUCGACGUGAAGAACGAUUCGCUUAUAUGUAUGUAUGUAAUAAAAAUAUACGAUUUUUUGUUGAAUUGUUAAGACCAUUGAAAAGGUUUCGAUGUAUAAUUAAAUACAGGAAGCAGUAAAAUGCUUUUACUUUAUUUAAUAAACUGCGAGGGAAGUGUAAAAUUUACAUCGUUGUAUGUAAAGUUACGUCAUUGUGUGCGUCGUAAUAACUGCACUCGGGUGCCCAUUCUCAUGAGCACGUAUCAUGACCAAUAGUACUAUACAUUUGGAAGUUCGUAUUACGCGUGCAGUUGUAACAUUUUGUAUAAGGCUGAAGUAAAUGUAUACAGAAAUAAAGUUAUAUUUCGUCGAGAA